AUGGCCCAGGCCGGCAGUGGCGGAGAUGACGGCUGGGGCUCAAGCUCCUGUGCUACUGUCUACUCUACCGUGUGGUCGGUAUCAACAGAAUAUGUGCCAACCACGACAGAGAAGAUCGUUUACUCCACAGAGACCGACUACGUGACAGUCACUACAACCGACACGGUCUAUAUCACCGACACAACUACUCAGAUAUCAGUCCAGCCGACCACGAUCGUCAGUCCAACCACCAUUGUCAGCGCUACAACAAUCGUUGAAACCACCACCGUCGUUAGCCCGACCACCGUGGUCGUACCAACAACCAUCGUUAGCCCAACAACAAUAGUUAGCGUGAGCACCGUUGUGAGCGUCCAACCAAGCACUAUCACAGAUAUUGUCCCAACCACCGUCGUCAGUGUGAGUGCCACGACAGAGACUGUCUCGACAUACCCAGGCCUUGUCACGUGUACCUCAAGGGUUGUCAACCCCACUUAUACUCCCAAAGCUGCUCUACCCACCAAUUACCUGUGGGGAUGUGCCCCUGGCACCAUCUGUACUCCUCCACAGAUUGGCUGCAACUGGGAACAAAAUCCCCCGGCUGAUACCUAUGUUUGCGCUCCGGAAGAAUGCAAACCCGUUCCUCAAUUGUUCUUGCCAGCGAACCUCAGCUCAUUGUGGCCAAAUCCUACCGAUACCACGUGUGCUUGGGAAGAACCAGCUCAGGGCUACUUCCACCUCAACCCACAGCACUUUGGACUCAGCUUCGCCAUCUUCGAUGUCUUGGGCCAGCCACUGUGCCCGGCCCCGGCUACAACAACCACUUGGGCUGACUGGUCCAGCGCAGCCCCGACUACUCCUCUACCCAAGCCCACGUCUACAUGGGCCCCUAAGAUGCCUCGACGUGGACUGAUGGCCAACCCGAUCGCCGAGAUUGUAAGCCGACAGAACUUCCUAACAGCCCCAGCACAGUGCUACCGCAUUUACGAUGCUGCAAGUCAGGCUGGCCAGGCAGUAGGAUUGGUUUUCGACCUGCUCUGUCCGUCUAGCACCACUUUCCAACAGGCUCUCACUCAGUGUCGUGCAUGUUCUGAACAAUAUGCCAGCAGUGCGACAGGCACAGAUACCUUCCCGGAGCUCCAAAACUACUUCCAAUAUUGCCAGACCCAUACUUCGUGA